CCCUCCCGCUCCGUUCCUCCCCCCUUCCCCGAACCUUCCCCGGCUCCCCGGCUCCCUCCUGCCCCCCCGUUUUAAGCCCCGCCUUCCGACGAGCCGCCACGCGAGCGAGCGGUUGGGAAGAGGGGGGAGAGGAAGGGUUUGUCUGUCUGAUCGGGGGCGGAGCCAUGGCCGAGAACCGCAGGUUCGUGCUGCCCGGCCAGCCGCCAGAUUUCUCGCAGAUACUGCAGGAGGCUCAAAAGCGCUGGCUGCGGCCCACCGAAAUCUGCGAGAUCCUGUCCAACUACAAGCUCUUCUCCAUCGCGGCCGAGCCGCCCAACAGGCCCAUGAGUGGCUCUCUUUUUCUAUUUGACCGCAAAGUACUGAGGUACUUCAGAAAGGAUGGCCACAACUGGAGAAAGAAAAAGGACGGAAAGACUGUCAAAGAAGCUCAUGAAAAAUUAAAAGCUGGCAGCAUUGAUGUACUCCACUGCUACUAUGCCCAUGGAGAGGAGAAUGAAAACUUUCAAAGACGAACAUAUUGGCUGUUGGAAGAGGAUUUCACACAUAUUGUUCUUGUACACUACCUUGAAGUCAAGGGAUGCAAACAAAGUUUCAGUCGUGUGAAAGAAGAAUUUAUGCAGUUAUCCAAUGUCGACAGUCCUUCAUGUUCAAAUUCUAUCACUAGUCAGAACCAGAUGGGCCCACAAACCAUGGAGGCUGCUGAAAGCCCAAUAAGUAGACAAAUUUCAGAUUAUGAAGACACUGAAUCAGCAGAUAAUUUCCGAGCAAGCUCCAGAUACCACCCUCUCGCUGAGAUGCAGCAGCCUGUGGAUGGAUUCAUAACAGAAAACAUGUUUUAUGCUUCUUCUUCGACUGUUGGUAGUAGACAAGGUUAUCAUGGUGAAAUGCUGCCAACAACAGCUAACGUAGAUAAUCAUUCACUUUCUCACCAUGACAUAGCUAGAAUGUUCGGCGAUUCCAACACUGGGCUAAGCACCGUUUCCAGAAUUCUGUUUGAUUCAGUGCCAUUCAAUGAGCCCUUCACAGAUUAUUCAACUGGGUUCACAGAGCCAACACUUCAUUCUUCGUUUGCCUGCUUAGAGGCUAACAAUAUGGAUAAUAGCUCUCGUUUGCAGACAUUUACAUCUGAGGCUCUGUACACUAACCACCUCAGCAAGGAGGAAGCAGAUGCACUGAGUUUUACUGGCAUACCAUCAUCAGAGGUAAACGGAAGUAGAUGUACUGAAGGUAGCAUCAAGCAUCCACUCUUGAAGCAGUCAUCAUUAGAUCUAAUGACGAUUGAGCCUACUGGUUUGAAGAAACACGACAGCUUUUCAAGAUGGAUGAGUAAAGAACUCGAAGAAGUGGUUGAUUUGGGUAUCAAAUCCACUUCUGAUGCUUUCUGGAGUAACAUUGAGACAGUUAAGGUUCCGGAUGGUUCCAAUGUGCUGACUAAUGAACAGUUAGAUGCUUAUGUAGUGAGCCCUUCACUUUCUCAAGAUCAACUAUUCAGCAUUCUCAAUGUCUCACCAAGUUGCGUAUAUAUUGGUACAAAUACAAAGGUUUCGGUUACUGGCACAUUCUUGGUAAAUAAAGAACAUGUGGAAAAUCGUAAGUGGUCAUGUAUGUUUGGGAAUGUUGAAGUACCAGCAGAGGUUUUAACAGAUGGCACCCUACGCUGCUAUGCACCAGCAAAUCAAUUAGGAAGAGUUCCAUUUUAUGUGACCUGUUCAAACAGGGUGGCUUGUAGUGAAGUUCGAGAAUUUGAAUAUCGGGAUCCAGAAACUCAGUACAUGGAGCCUUCUCCUUCCCAAGCCAAUGGUGUAAAUGAAAUGCACCUUCAUAUUCGUCUUGAGAAGCUACUCACUUUGGGGCCAGAUGACCAUCAAGUGCAUGUUUUGAGCAGUGGGAAUGAGAAAUAUGAACUAAUAAAUGCUAUUAGUUCCUUGAUGCUUGAUGUGAAAUGGUCAGAUCAAGAAUCACCUUCUGCCAACAAAGUAGUUUCCACUGCUAGAGAUCAAAGUUUAAAGAAAUUGGUGAAAGAGAAGCUGCAUCAUUGGCUUAUCUGUAAAAUAAAUGAUGAUGGAAAGGGUCCUAAUGUUCUGUGCAAGGAAGGUCAGGGUGUAAUUCAUCUUGUAGCAGCACUGGGUUAUGAUUGGGCUAUCAGACCGAUAAUUGUUGCUGGUGUAAAUGUGAACUUUCGGGAUGCUCAUGGAUGGACUGCGCUUCACUGGGCUGCAUCUUUAGGAAGAGAGCGGACAAUUGGUGUCCUCAUAACAAAUGGAGCUGCAGCAGGUGCAUUGACAGAUCCAACUUCUGAGUUCCCUUCUGGAAGAAGUCCAGCUGAUUUAGCGUCAGUAAAUGGACACAAGGGGAUUGCUGGUUUUCUCGCAGAAUCUGCUUUGACAAGCCAUCUGUCAGCACUUACUAUUAGAGAAUCAAAGGAUAGCACUGCAGAAGUGUGUGGGCUACCAGCUGUUGAAGAUCUCACUGGCAUUAAUUCUACCCAGCUUGCUGGAGAAGAUUCUCAUGCUGAAUCACUUGAAGGUUCUUUAAGUGCUGUUCGUAAAUCCACUCAAGCUGCAGCUCGGAUAUUUCAAGCCUUCAGGGUGGAGUCUUUCCACAGAAAGAAAGUUGUGGAAUACGGAGAUGGUGAUUGUGGAUUAUCUGAUGAACGGACACUUUCGCUUGUUUCUGUUAAACCAGGACAUGAUACACAUCUGCAUUCUGCUGCUGUUCGUAUUCAGAAUAAAUUUCGUGGAUGGAAGGGAAGAAAGGAGUUUAUGAUCAUUCGCCAGAGAAUUGUCAAGUUACAGGCUCAUGUGCGAGGGCAUCAAGUAAGGAAAAGCUAUCGGAAGGUAGUCUGGUCAGUAGGUAUCGUUGAGAAAGUUAUACUGAGAUGGAGGAGAAAGAGGCCUGGAUUACGCGGAUUUCGACCUGAGAAACAACUUGAAGGUCCAUCACAAAUCCAACCUGCAAAGGCUGAGGAUGAAUAUGAUUUCUUGCACGAUGGCAGAAGGCAGGCUGAAGCCAGUCUACAGAGAGCACUUGCCCGAGUGCACUCGAUGUCGCAGUACCCAGAAGCAAGAGAGCAGUACCAUAGGCUUACAACCUGUGUUGCUGAAAUGAAACAGUCCAGGAUGAUGCAGGAUGAGAUGCUAAACGAUGCAUCUGGCGGUGAUGGGAACGAUUUCAUGGCUGGGCUGGAGGACUUGAUCUGCAUGGACGAUGCGGCUAUGCCUGCCAUUUGGUGAAGCUGAACUUGUUAGAUCAGUUAGGCAGGGAGGCCGUUGCCUUGUUACCCUAUGUCCCCAUGUCGGACUAGUUCUGUAAAUUCUUCAGCUAGCUGUUCACCUCUGACUGUUUGACUCGCAUUCUGCUAAUAUUAUGUAACUCAGCUUCAGUGCACUGAUUACCUUCCAACUAUUAUUGAUACCUUUUCCCUACAAA